AUGGAUAUCCCCAUGUCACAAUCAUCAUCUUCCCAGAAACUUUUUAAAGUGCGCCCGCUGGCCGUCGCGCUGCUUGCUUUCUGCAUCCUUUCUUCUUCUUCUUCUACACCAUCUUUUCCUCCACCCGUUUUAGCCGAUGCUUCCGCAGAUCUUCCAGUGGCUUCAUCUCAACCAUUAGAUGCUUCUUCUACAGAUCUUCCUUCAGUUACACCUUCUCCGUCGGUUGAAAUCCCAGUAAACUCUGUAGGAAUGGCACCCAAUAGUUUUGUAACUUCGUAUACAGGCAACUCUCCAUCCUCAAUUCUAGGAGGUGCAGCAGCAGCAGCAGUAGUAGCAGCAUUUCCACCACCAGUAGCAAACCCACAGGGCAUACCAUUAGCACCUAUCCAACCAUUUGGCCCAGGUGUAGUUCCAGGUGUAAUUCCAGGUGUAGUUCCAGCAGCUUUCCAGGACCACCAAAAACAGUACACUCCAGAUAGCCAAGGACUUCCACCACUGGCUCCGCAAAAUCAACCACAAGCUCAAGCUCAAGCUCAAGCCCAAGCCCAAGUCGAAGCUAACUCUCAACAGCAACAGCAGCAGCAACAACCCCCACAACCAUUCCAAAAUGGUCCUCCAGAUGCAUUUCAAAAUGGGCCUUUCAACGAUCCACAAAAUGGCCCUCCACCGUUCCAGUACCAGGGCCCCAAGGGGAUCCCUCCAAUCGUCCCAGCAAACAUGGGGUUUGUUCUACCCUUUCAGAUUGCAGCGCUUGCUCUUGUGGCCAUCCCACUUCUCUUUAUCCGCCGGUUUGAAUCUCCUCGACGCCGCCUUUUAGUAUGGUUCUUGGAUCUUGGUCGCAUCUUGAUUGGCUAUGCUGUUGCCGAAAUCCUUCUUAUGAUUUUCCUUAUCCCAUACACAGCUAUUGUCAACUCAUAUGGAGGCCCUCCACCUCCAUGGCAACAAGCUGGUUGGGCUCGAAAUAUCACUAAUUACCAACAACAGCAGCAGCAGCAGCAGCAGCAACAGCAGCAAAACCAACAGAUGCAGUCUGAAAGGUGGAUUCCGCCCGAUGCCCGCGUCAGCACCGGUGGGUCUGGAGCCCCAGACAUGUCUUUUAGCCCCAUCCACGCAUUACUUCGCCGGGCCAUUGAACAAGUUUCGAGUGCAAACCUAACUGACCGCAAUGCCAAUAACGACAAGAAGUUAAACAAUAGAAGAAAUAACUACGGGAUGCAUGUCGAAACAACUUCACUCAUCAUUUCCCUCAUAGAGGCCUUCCCUGGGUUAUUUUUCAUCUACGGAAUAUAUAUGGGACUGCUCUAUCUAACAUACCGAAUUAAAAUCGCCAUGCUCAAGCGAAGCCAACGCAUCCGGUUUGUGCGCACCAGCCUCCACGACCCAGAUAAUGAAGACAGCGAAGACAGCGACGAGGACAUUCGAGGAGGCAUGCGCCGCGCCCGCCGGACCGGGUCGACGGAAUCUUUCCUAGCGCUGCGGGACGGCAGGAGCUCUCAGGCAGCUAAGGCCACUACGCCUACAGACUUGGGACUUACCAGUGGUAAUUACGGAUAUCCUGCACGCCUCGGGUGGUUUUUCCAGCAGACUGCGCUGUUUGUGAUUUCAGUGUUUGUUGUACGUAUUGCAGUGUUUUUCAUCUGCAUUCACUACUCUGAUGCCACGGAAGCUUUGCGACAGACUCUAUUUGGCUGGACGUACCGCAUCGAGUCUGUUGCAGGCAAGCGCUUUGUGACGAUGAUUUUUCUGCCUGCACUUAUAUACACUGCGCAGUUUGUUAUUACUGAUUACCUGAUCAAGUAUCGGUCAUCAGCGGCCAAGCGUAGCUUGUUUUUCAACGUGCCGGCAUACUCUUAUGGUGAUGAUUCCAACUACACAAGCAUAUAUCCAGAUUCAUAUGAGUUGCAAGAGAUUUCAAUUCCACGACCGGAUGAGGGUGACAAUGAAGUUAUUGUUCAGGCCACGAGCACACGUCUAAGCCCCACAUGUGCUAGUGGUGGUGUCAGUAGUUCGCCGUCUACGUCACCUUCUUUGCAGCCUGCACAAGUGAGACACGGAGAAAACGAUGAGGACGAGGAUGAAGACAAUGGAUUAUGGGAUACUCCUACUGAGGCAGUGUCGGUGAUUGGCAACAAUGAGAACCCGGGACUGUGGACAAAUUAUGGGGGACCGGAUCCUUUACGGGUGGCUCAUAAUUUUCAUCGCUCAGUCUCUCCUAGACUAGUAGCUCAUCACGAAGCUGUGGUAUCUCGAACAAUCCCAACAACAACAAAAACAACAGCAGCAGCAGCAGCUCCAACAGCUCCAACAGCUCCAACAGCUUCAACAGCUCCAACAGCUCCAACAGCAGAGAUGGAUGUUGACAAUUUUGUUGCAAGUAAUUCUGGAGCAGAACCGGUGCCGCGGCUUGGGCUUGUUACUGCAUCAUUAUUAAACACUGUGGCUGCCAAUGCCACUAUUACUGCACGGCCAUACAUUUACACAGGCGUGACUACCCGUCUAAGUCCAGCUCAGCAGCAGUUUUCUUUAUCGUCAUCUUCAUCUUCAUCUUCUCUUUCAGGAAGUGACGACAAUGAUCCGUUUGCAGAUGUGCAUGCAUAUUCUCCUGACGAGAGUGUAGGGAGUGAUGUUAGCUCAGACACAACUGGGAUGAAUCAUGGAGAGCCAGGAACGACAAGCCUUCGAGAAGAUGGAGUGUUGGGAGGAGACUCAAUGGAAGACGAUUCUCCGGAUGGACUGCCGAGUUAUGAUGAUAGCCAGCGACAACACAGGGAGCUGUUACGGGAUCGGGCGGCGUGUGAGAGGCGGACGCGACAAAUUGAGGAUCUUAAGAGACGUGAAGUUGGUAGUAGUAGUCGCAGUAGCAAUACUGAGAAUGGAUUAGGAGGGGAUAAUGAUGAGGCAGUUGUUCCAAAUGAGGAUGCAAAUGGUCAAGGAGAUGAUGGUCAGAGGACUGAAGAAAGAACUACUACUACUACUACUAUACGAGAGGAUAGAGAUGAAAAUAGAGAUGUUUAG